UGGCAGUUAAGAUUCAGGUGUGUGAAGUUUAGUUGGUGAAAAUUACUCAUUGUGACUAGACGUAUAAUGAAGAAGUCCAUGAUCUUCAAAGUCUUUCCAAUUCUCACAUUUCUCUUGCUAUGCGGUCGAGAAAGUUCUGCUGAUUGUGUUUGGUAUAAUGUGUGCAAUUACGAUACUAAUGGACAAUUCCAGAAUUGUGCCUAUGAUGGACCAGGAUUUCCGCUGGAUAUCGCAGCAGAUCCAGAAGCAGCUGAAAUCCUGCGGAGACGCUGCCCAGAUGUAUUCACAAGCGAUGACACGCCGCUUUGUUGUAAUGCACAAAGUAUCAGGCUGAUGGAUUCGCAAUUCUCAAUGGCUGAAGGGAUUUUUGGACGCUGCGAGGGGUGCCUGAAAAAUCUCCUACAGAGUAUUUGUGCCUUUUCAUGUUCUCCUGAAGCUAGUAAGUACGUGCGAACUUAUGUGGAGCCACAGGGAAAUAUAGGAGGAGCCUAUGUUCGGGAGAUUGACUUUGUGGCCAAUGCGGAUUAUUUGAAUAUGACAUAUGAGAGUUGUGCCAACAUUGUACAUCCUUCCACUGGUAAACUAGCCAUGGAUUUGGCAUGUGGAUCCUUCGGUUCGUCCAGAUGCACGCCAUUGAGAUGGUUUGGCUUCAUGGGUGACAGUAGUAUAAAUCCUCUGGCACCAUUUACCAUUAACUACUUUACAUCUGAAAAUCCUGAAGAGAGAUUUGAUGGAAAUCCCAGAACUUGCGACGAUCCUUUUCCAGGAUCUUAUGAGUGUUCUUGCAUCGAUUGUCCGACAAAUUGUCCACAAGGAAUGGAGCCCGAAGUUGAGGAAAGUGUAUUCAUGGUUGGAGACCUGAAUGGAAUAACAUUUGUCACGGCAAUGUUUCUGGGUCUCCUGGGAAUUGUGUUCGUAGUUAUUGUUUCAAUUCGCACGAGACACAGUGACUUUGAUGAGCUACCAAAAUGGUGCGGAGGAUUCAAUGGUAUCAAUCGGUAUAUUACAGCAUUCUUCAGAUGGCUAGGUUACGCUUGUGCCUCUCAACCGAUUCUCACUCUUGCUCUCUGUUCCUGGGCAAUUGCAGCCCUGGCUUACGGGAUAUUCUAUCUGGAAAUAACAACAGACCCAGUGGAACUUUGGGCAAAUCCAGAGAGCAGAUCCAGGGUUGAGAAGGACUUUUUUGACAGUCGUUUUGGACCGUUCUAUAGAACUGAACAAAUUUUUAUGAAGCCCUACAAUACAACGUCUAUUUUCCACGAAACUGACACGGGUGUAGUUGAAUUUGGCCCGGCUUACAAUAUGGAAUUCCUCCUGGAAGUGUUCAAGUUGCAGUUGGAACUGGCUCAAUUAGGACAAGAUGAAAAUCUGGGACUGGAGAAGAUAUGCUUCGCACCUGUUAUCUAUCCAGGAGAAACACCAACACUUGAUCAAUGCACAGUUCAAUCAGUGUUUGGAUACUUUGAUCAUGAUUUCGCCAAGUUUAAUGCAUCGCGCACAGAUAUAAAUGGAUUUGUGAUAAACUAUCUCAAUACGAUGAUCAGUUGCACCCAGAAUGCUUAUUCUCCGGAAUGUUUUGCGCCAUUUGGGGGCCCUGUUGAGCCUGGAGUAGCUCUGGGUGGGAUGCCAAAGCCUGAGGGGAAUGAACAGCCUGAGUACAACCUCGCCACAGCUGUCACGGUCACUUUUCUAAUAAAUAACAAGCAAGAUCCUGAUCACUUGGCACUGGCUAUGGAGUGGGAAAAGCUCUUCAUUGACUUCAUGAAAAACUACGAGAGUGACUUGAUGGAUGUCGCCUUCAGUGCUGAGAGAUCGAUUGAGGAUGGGAUUCAAGAACUUUCCGAAGCGGAAAUGUCUACGGUGAUCAUCAGUUACGCCGUUAUGUUUAUCUACAUCAUGAUUGCACUGGGGAAGAUCAGCGGAGUUCGCACCUUCUUCCUGGAAUCCAAGAUAACUUUGGCAGUAGGAGGAAUAGUUAUUGUCCUGGUUUCUGUGGCGUGCAGUCUAGGAAUUUUCGGAUACGCUGGAAUUUCCACCACAAUGCUAACAAUUGAGGUGAUACCUUUCUUGGUUCUUGCCAUUGGUGUGGACAAUAUCUUCAUCAUGGUGCAUACAUACAACCGAUUGGACAAGAGAGAGUAUGCCAAUAUACCUGAAGGCAUUGGAGUGGCCAUUGGACAAGUGGGCCCUUCUAUCCUUCUCACGGCUUCUGCUGAAAUCUUCUGCUUCGGCAUUGGAGCGCUCUCGAGCAUGCCAGCAGUGCAUACGUUCGCCAUGUACGCUGCUGUUGCUCUUCUUAUUGACUUCAUCUUGCAGCUGACGGCCUUCGUGGCAAUCAUGAGCCUCGAUCAACAACGCUACGAAGCGAAGAGGUUUGAUCUUAUGUGCUGCCUUCGGAUGAGCAAGUAUCAGAAGGAAGACAAGCCAUCACAGGGAUUUCUGCAGAGGAUCAUUGAUAGAUUUUAUGCUCCUUUCGUGCUGUCCAAACGUGUCCGACCGCUUGUCUUUAUUUUCUUCAUCCUUACUACUUGUUUGUCAAUCAUGGUAGCGCCACAUCUGGAACCAGGACUCGAUCAAGAACUAUCAAUGGCUAAAGACUCCUAUGUAGUGAAGUAUUUCAAUUUUAUGGCAGAAUUACUCUCAAUUGGUCCCCCAGUAUAUUUUGUGGUCACAUCUGGUCUAGACUAUAGCUACACUACCGCACAAAAUUUAAUUUGUGGUGGCCCUCUGUGCAACAAUGACUCAGUUUCCGUGAAACUCUACAUAGCAUCUCAAUAUCCGGACAUAACCUACAUUGCUCGGCCCUCUUCAUCGUGGAUUGAUGAUUACAUUGACUGGCUAAGUGUGGACACGUGCUGCAAAUUGUAUCCGAAUGGAACUUUCUGUCCAAGUACCACGCCACUAGGUGUUUGUCAAGACUGUGAGAAGGAAAUUGUGGAUUUGAGGCCGACGAGAGAGAUUUUCAUGAGGUACUUCAGCAAUUUCCUCUCAGAUUUGCCUCAUGAAGGGUGUGCAAAAGCUGGAAGAGCGGCCUAUGUUUCAGCGAUAAACUACAUUUAUGACCAGCAUGGAGACACUUACAUCCAGGAUUUCUACUUUAGUUCCUAUCACACAACUCUAAGUACUUCGAGGGAUUUCUACACUGCCCUAAAACAGGCGAGAAUAAUCACAGAUAACAUUCAGGAGGACUUUGAUGAGAAGGAACUGGGAAUAUCUAUCUUCCCCUACAGUGUCUUCUAUGUUUUCUACGAACAAUACCUCAGUAUUUGGGAAGAUUCCUUCUUCUCGUUGGGCAUGUCGAUAGUCUGCGUUUUCGGUGUGACUUUCCUCGUGACAGGACUCGACAUUGUCUCAGCGCUGACAGUCCUGUUAGUCGUUUUGAUGAUCCUGAUCAACAUGUUAGGAUUGAUGUGGGCCUGGAGUAUCACUCUCAAUGCCGUUUCCCUCGUGAAUCUUGUAGUGAGUGUGGGAAUAGGCGUGGAGUUCGUAUCUCACAUCGUGCGAUCCUACACGAGAGUUAUUGGCGAUCACAUGGACAGAGCAAGAGCUGCUCUCGUGAACACCGGCAGUAGCGUUCUCUCUGGCAUCACACUUACUAAAUUUGCCGGAAUUGUAGUCCUCGCCUUUGCCAAAUCGCAGAUUUUCCAGGUCUUCUAUUUCCGAAUGUACUUAGGAAUGGUGCUGAUCGGAGCAGCUCAUGGAUUAAUCUUCCUGCCGGUCCUUUUGAGCUUUAUCGGUCCUCCUUCGAAGGUGAAAGAGUUGAUAUAGUUGAAGAAUGGAAUAAAAAUGAUAUUAUUAAUUGAGUUGCAAGAGUGCAGAGACUCCUCGAAGAACCCAGUGAUCAGA